CCUCACCCGUGGAGCGGCUUCGAGUGCGCGAUGGUUUGGAGCCCUUCUGUCAAGGGUCGUCGUAAUCAUGAUUGAUUUCACUAAUAAAUUUGACUGUGCAAUGCAUGAAUAAUCCUGGGUCAUCCCAAAUUGCUCGUGUGUGAGAAUUUCUUCUGUUUGAAAAUUAAAGCCUGGUGUGAAGACUGACAGGCCACUUUAAUCACGGAUAAUUACGGGAUGUGCUGCUCGUUGCUGUGCUGUGUCAGGAGAUGGAUUGGGACCAGUUUGACUUGAACCCUAAAACAAUUGCUGCCCUGAAAAAAGCUGACAUAAAAUCAGUAAAAGAGAUUUUAAACCUCUCUGGAGCAGACUUGCAGAGAUUGAUGAAGCUCUCCAGUGCAGACAUCCAGUGUCUGCUGAAAACUGUCUCUCAUGCACUGAGGAGGAACAGCAUGCUCACAGCACUUCAGCUCUACCAAGAUAAAGAUCAUUUCACCUCCCAGCACCAGAAGCUGAGCCUGGGAUGUUCAGUGCUAGACCACUUGUUAAAAGGUGGCAUUCCUUUAGUGGGAAUCACGGAGCUUGCUGGGGAAAGUUCUGCUGGGAAGACUCAGAUUAGUUUACAGCUGUGCCUGUGUGUGCAGUAUCCUUACAAGUAUGGUGGAUUGGAGUCUGGAGCUGUGUACAUUUGUACAGAAGAUGUGUUCCCAAGCAAACGUUUGCAGCAGCUCAUAGCUCAACAGCGUAAGCUGCGUGCAGACGUUCCAGCUGAAAUCAUACAGAAGAUCAGAUUUGGAAACAGUAUUUUUGUUGAGCAGGCAGCAGACCUGGACACCUUCCAGCAGUGCAUCACGAGGAGGCUGUCCCUGCUGCUGGCUCGGGGCAUGGUGCGCCUCGUGGUCAUCGACUCCAUCGCCGCCCUGUUCCGCUCCGAGUUCGGCCCGGCCGAGUCGGCUCUGAAGGCUCGCUAUUUGCAGACCUUUGGGGCACAGCUUCACAGCUUGAGCACUAAGUUCAGGACUCCCAUCAUGUGCAUUAACCAGGUGACGGAUGCAGUGAGCGAGUUGGAAGCUGCUCAGUGCAGUUGUAGGGUAGUGGGUAGCAGAGUCACUCCAGCACUUGGAAUAACCUGGUCCAAUCAGCUGCUGAUGAGACUGAUGGUCAGCCGGAUAUCACAGCCCGGACUCUCACCUGGAGCAGCAUCACACUGCGCUGGAAGCGUGAGGACUUUAAGUGUAGUUUUUGCUCCUCAUCUCCCUCCAUCCUUUUGCUACUAUACAGUACAGUUGGAAGGUGUAAAAGGAAUAAAAUAACUCUUUUACACAGUAACAUGUCUUCCUCCAAAAAUGUACCAGAACUUUGUUUCAGGAAGAAUUACCAGUGAAAUGCAAUUCUUAGAUGGAGAAAUUGAUGGUGAAGUAUAUAAACAAUGCUAUGACUACAUUUAUCCCUGUCUACAUUGUGAAAGAUGAUAUUUUUACCCUUGGAUAUUCUACUUCUCCUUGUGAGGUGAGUGUCCUGAAGGUUGUUCUGGAGGGAAGCUGCAGGCAGGUGGAAGCUGCACAGCGGAGUGGGAUGUAGCAAUCCCCAUGAGGGAGGAGACCUGAUGUCUAAUUUUAUUUUAAUAGCAUGCUCAUCUAGAAACAGCAUUUUGUACCCUGUUUUCAGACCCAACAGGACUUGAAAUUCAAACAGUUUAUGUUGCCUGCUGGUUGUUCUAGGUCUCAUGUUGCCAAUUAAGGACAGCCAUUCUUUGUCACAAAGCAGCUGUUCUAUUUUUAAACCAUUUGUUGUUAAGAUUUUAAAGAAAAUAAUUCCAUAAAGGUACUUGAUUUUAAUAUCUUACUUUAAGAAUUAAAAUUGUACUGCCUUUGUACUAGAGGAAUAUAUCUGGAUUCAUAGCACUCGAAAAUUUUUUUUCUAGUGGUUCAUUUCCACUCUUUUCCUGCUUUCCAGUCCCUUCCCUUCAUAGCAAAAGCCUCAUCUGAAGGACAGCAAACUACAUCUGCCAUCCCCUUGUUCUCUUUGCAUAGCCUUAGGGCAAGGUCUCUGUGUUCUUCCUGAUCCUCUGCCCUGCUCUUUGUUUUGCUGGAUCAGCAUUCUUCAUGGGCUUCUGGAUGGCUGCCUCUCAUGUCCCGUGUCCCUGCUGCUGGGCUCUCAGCUCAGCCAUGAUCCUGAAGGGCACCUUGAGCUCUUUUCAUCCAUUGAGAUGCUAUUGCUCUUCUCAGGUGAUUUUUCUUCAGUUAGAGCUUCACAUGGCUUUUCUUCCCAUCUUUGUGGUAUUUGUCACUUUUUUCUGCUGUCCGCAGACCGCUGCCAUGACAUGCACUCUUCCAUGGCUGACUUUUCCCAUUGCUCUGUUCUGUGUGAAAGCAAGCCAGCUAAAGUUACACUGUCCAGAGGCCUCUGUUCUGUGGUGCGAGUGCUGCUCACUUGUAUCACAUACUCAUCAAGCUCUCACGUUUCCCCUCCUCCUGCUGCUGGCCCUGACAAGAACUCCACGUGUUUCUGUGAAGUGACAUCACUCAGGUCUGUCUUUUGGCCAAGGAACCCUGUGCCUGUGAAACAGCUGCCUCCUCUGCCCUUCCCCAGUCACACUCCUUCAGGACAUUCAUCCAUCUUUUCCUGUGGAAGCAUGCAGCUGGGUAGCUGAAAAGGAAAGUUUUGUCUGGCUGUAAGCUGCCUCAGCUGGAACUAUGGCAGAAGAUUUCUCAAGGGACAGCUGAGUAUGACUCAAGGAAAAGAGACCCUGCGUGGCUGCCUCAGGAAGUUCCAGAGCAGAACAGGCUCAGCUUGAACUGAAGGAAGGAGACCGUAAGCAGCAGAAAGGAUCAGUUGAUUUCAGUGCCUUCUGCAACCCCUUCAGAUGUCUCAGGGGCCCUUGUGCAAAUAGCACAAGUUGCAUCUAAAUAAUUUUUCUAAAACAUCUUAAUUCUCUGUAUUUGGAAAUGACUGCACAGCAUUUUUUUAGUAAAAUCCAAUCAUGAAGCUUAGAAGCCUUUGUGUGCUCUAAGGAAAAAGUGAUAAUGCCACAGCUCAGACACAGGGCCACCUCCUUAAAAACCUUACCUUCCAUGCCUCCUCCUAACAGCUUCAAUAAAGAUCAACUAAUGCAGCACAGGUAACACUCCAGUUGUCUUCCACUCCUGCCCUGUGUUAUCUGGGCUGGAACUGCAGCCAAGAUAAUGUUCAUCCUAUUGUGCUGACUGGGAAAAGCAGCCACAGAGAGAUGUAGCUGAUUACUGGGAGUCAUCAAACCCUACCUGGAUAUUCAUUUGCAGAAGAGCCUCAUCAAAUCCUGAGCUCAAAUCUCAAGUUUGCCACGCUGUGAGCCAUGUCCAGAACAGUGUGAAACCUCUGAAGGUUCAGUUUGUAAUAUUUUGAUCAUUCUGUUUUGCAGAUGGACUGCUUGCAGGAAUGGCCCCGAAGUGUUAAAAGUCACAGAUGGGUCUAUAAUCAAAGUUCCAGUAUACCUGGUGAAAAACACCUUUACCAACAAACAGAAGUAACAUUUUACCUUCUCAAGUGUUCUGUCAUUACCCUGGUGGUUUGUUGGUGGUUUCUCUCCAGCUGAGUCAGAGUACAUAACAGUUUGUCUCCUGGCUCAUGAGCACACACAAACCCUGAAAUCUCAAAUCCAGCUGAGCCCUAAGGAGGCUGACAGCCAACACUCAGUCCCUCCAGUUUCUGGCCUGUCCCUCAGUCCCAGCCCAGGAUGUCCAUCUGACCCAAGUGCAGCUUGGGGGCUGCAAACCCUCACGGGAACCCAACACAGCACCUGUCUAUUGAAGCCUUGUGUCCAAAGUGUUGAAAUGUGCUUGAGUUUUAAUAAAUGCAAUUUAAGAA